CGACUGAUGGCUAAAUUUCUGUUCUUCAAAUAGAUCACAACAAAAAGCAAAUACUAUUAAUAUUCCAAAAUUACCUUUAAACCGAAUAAAUCGUUUUAAGCUGCGUUUAUGUUGCAUUAGCGGCAAUGUUGUGACACAUACGCGGUAGUUAUCAUAAUAUUAUAACAUAACUACCUAACAUCCAAUUAUUUCUCUAUGGGAAUUUUAUAUAAAUAGGGCUCAGGAUCAUAUACAGGUCACACACAGCUGAAGUUUCAACUAGAGUACAAAUCUAUAAAGUACAAAAUGUCCAAACUCACUUGUCUUGUUUUUGCUGCAGUGGCUGUGGUUUUCAGUAACGUCAAUGCCGAUGACGAGACGAGAGCAUCUUUUCGUCAAGUGUUGGGUCCUUUAGUAAUGGAGUGCAGGAAUGAAUUCGGUAUUACCGAGGAUGAUUUGAAGAAGGCCCAACAAGAACGCAGUCCGGAUGCUCUAAAGCCCUGCUUCAUAGCUUGCGUGUUUAAGAAGUUCGGAAUCAUAACAAGUGCUGGUAAAUACGACUCAGAUGCCAGUAUUUCCAGAAUAAAAGAUGUGGUGAAGAAUGACGAUCUCUUUGCAAAACUGAAGAGUGUUGGAGAAAAAUGCAAUUCAGUAAAUGAUGCUUCUGUGAGCGAUGGUGAUGCUGGGUGUGAGAGAGCUGCGCUGUUGGCAAAAUGCUUCAUGGAAAAUAAAUCUGAGCUCUCCAUUUAAUCGAUGUUCAAGAACGAGUUUCACCAUUAGCAGAAAAUCAACAUAGGCAAUAAUUUGUUUUAUUUAUAAGGAAUAAAAGUUGUUUGAAUUAGCA